CAAACCGGAACAGUUCAGUUUCUUAUCUCAGUCUCACUGACAUCCUCCAUAAAACUGGACAAGGAAUAAUUGAAUCAACUCAUUUAACUGUGAGGAUGGCAGUUUGGGAUAAAACCCCUCUUCUGUGUUUUCUGGUGCUUCUGGCAGAUGCUCAGAUGCCACCACCUGUGCGUCCUGAACGAUCUAUAGUUUAUCCUUUUAGAAGUACUUGUGCUGUAAAAGGAUCGACUGUCACUCUCCCCUGCACCUUCACACCAGCAACGUCUGUCGAGAUAAAUGGAAAAGAUGAGAAACUGAAGAUCGUCAGAGUCCUCUGGUGUCAGAACCAUCCGAUCUGUCAGGGCAUCACCCCGUCUGUGUACGACAGUAAUUCAACAAACAACGACCCUCGCUAUCAAUACCUGGGAGACAAGAAGAGAAACUGCACUUUACAGAUCAGAGAUAUUCAGAAGAAAGACAACGCAAGCUUCAGAUUCAGGAUGGAAGCUGAUAAUGGAGCAGGACAUUUUACUAACAGAACAGGAGUGGAAGUCUUAGUUGUUGAUGGGAUUCAGAUGAUGAUACAGAGCUCCAGGAACAAGAACACAUUCUCUAGAGGUGAAUCAGUCUCACUGCAGUGUACUACACACUGCACUUUCCACCAGCUGGAGGUCACCUGGUUCAAAGAUGGACACGCCCUCUCAGAGUCUGGCCCCGCCCUCCAUCUUAGCUCCGUGACUGCAAAGGAUUCUGGGAACUACACCUGUGCUCUGAAGAAGAACAUGAAGACACAGUCUCUGCAGCGCAGCCUGCAGGUGGAACCAGGGAAACCAGGGGAAGGAAUCAACAAAGUGACAGUCGUCCGUCUGGUUCUGUUCAGUGGACACACAGUUCUCAUCAUCAUCGUGGCUUCAGUCAUCAUCAAAAGGACGUGUUGUUUGCAGGACAGGAGCAGGUCAGCAGCUGAGAAACAUGUGGAAAUAAAGCCUCCAGAUGUUACAGAGGAACCAGAAGAACGAGACCAGGACGUCUGACGUCACGUGUGUCACUGAGAUUUGUCUGUUGUUUAAACAUUUUUAGGUUAUUUCAAGUUUUUUUAUAAACAAGUAUCAGAAUUAUUUCACGUGACUUACGCUCUGUUAUUAAUGUUAGUUAAUGUCCUCAAGUUGAAUUUAUCAAUAAGUAAAAUAUGUUCAGUGAUAAAAUGAGCUGAUAUGUCUUUCACCUCGGAACGACGCAUAUUUUGUCUCGUUAACUAUUUGAAUUCAUAUUUAGUUGUUCUCCAAAGGUUUGACUCAUUUGUUGAAAUAGAAAUCACAUCUCUUUGCAGCUCUUCACAACAGAACUGAAUUUCUCAUUCGUUUCAUCAAAUUACAAAUGUCUUUGUAAAUGAUUAAGUACAUGUAGCACGAUUUCCAGAUGAAUGGAUCUUGUUAAUGUAAACCAGUGGUUCUCAAAGAGUGGGGCGCCCCCCACUGGUGGGACAUGGAGACACGACAGGAGGCGUCGUUCUGUUUGUUCUGUUUGUUCUGUUUACUCUGACGUAUGGAAGCGACUUAAUGUGUGAGAAUGAAAAUGACAGUAUGAGAGCAACAUCUGUGUGGCAGUGACCACUGUCAAUGAAGGACUGGGCUCAGACUGAUUUCAUUGGUUCAUCGGUUCUUUGACACGAUGACAGGACGAUGACUAUUUAUAGGAGAAAGGAAUUUAGUUGGGAUGCACGAGUGAAGAGUUUUGGGAGAGAGAUGAGGUUUUGUAAGUGAACUAAGAUGUUGAGACAAACCAGUGGAGAAAAACUGGGAUCAAAUAAAAUGUCAGAAAAAAACUAAAUGUUGUUCAAUAGGAAUAUAUAUUAAUGUAUAUGUCGCGGUGUUGAAUGGUGAUAUUAAAUAUUCAGUAUCGUGUUUAAAUGCAUAUAAUGAUAAUAUGUAAAUGAUCCAGUUCCAUUUGUACGAAUUAAACAUCUGCUCCUGUUUUCUUCUGUUACUGAGUUUAAUUUAUCUAAAAGAGAGAAAUGAGAUUUUAUGUUAUUUACAUUUAUGUUGAUAUCGUCAUAUUUUCGUCCUGUUUACCUUUAAAAGCAGCUUCAUAACGAACGAGAGUCUGAGAGAUUAGACUCUCAGCUUCAUGAAACUAUUCAGACUCGAGUGUUUGAGGUUUGGUUCAGGUUUAACUGGUCAUGAAGAAAUAAAGAAGAAACUGACUUUACUCCAAAUCUGUUUAUUAUGUGAUUGUUUGUAGAAAGGUUUGAAAGACACAGUUUGUGUUACACACUAUAAGACGACUAAUGGAAAACAAAACCUGAUUUUCAGCAAAUUCCAUCCGUUCAGUGAAUCCUGGGAUUCAUUUUCAUUAUUUCAACUUGUUUCCUGAUUGUCAC